AUGAUUUGUAAGUUUUUGCAUCAAAAGGGGCAUAAUCAAAGAACCUGUGAGUGGAAGAAGCUGGUUGAAAGUGGACUUCAAGAUGGUGCCUUUGACAUGGGAGCUGAAGCUGAGGAGAUCAAGGAGAUGAGUUCCCACCUGCAUCCCUGUUUUCUGAAAAUGGUGGUGGCUUCUUUUGAUCUUUUGGCUUCUUUUGAACUUGGGUCGUGGCGGCAAGAUGGUGGCACCGGAAUUUCUGUGCAAUACGGGAGCAGAGCAGGUUGCCGGAUUUCGAGCUUGAGAGGUGAUGAUGGUGAUUCGCGUGACGGGAAAACAGAAAAACGAGAGGGUGAAGAGAUGGGGCGAUGA